AUGGGCGUCAGGAAUAAAAUAGAACGAGCAAAGGGCUAUUUGCGGGGGGAGUCCAGAUAUGAUCCUCAUGGAGCACCAGGUGUUGUUGAACAGCUAGCAAAAUGGAGCAUCGCACCCUCAACUGCUGCCGCCAUUAAUUUACAGGAGCCAACUGAAAGCCCAGCUAACAUGGAUGCGGGAGUCAAACAUCCAAGCGCUCCAGUGUAUCCGACGAACACCCCAACUGUCCAGACUAAACUCAGGGGGACCAUAAAAUCAGACGAGUGGAAGGACCUUUGGCUACAAGCAUAUGUCACUUCGAAAGUCCAGGAGCCGGAGUUGAUGGAAGAUUACACUCGAAUCCUUCUCCAUGAAUUAAAUACAACGCUCGGGGGAAACAAUAGCCGAAAUGCGCCAAUCUCCAACCAUACAUUAGUACAGUUAAUGAGGAAAAAGCUGGAUGGUUUUUCAAUUCCCUCCAGUCGAUCUGAGGAUAAGAUUGAGAAAGUUGUCAAAGUUCUGAUGGCAGCCAAGAGUUUUAUUGAUUUCGCUUUUCAGAGUGAACCACAUGCUGCUGUAGCUUGGACUGGCGUCUCCAUGUUUCUCCCUCUUUUGAUCAAUCCCAUCACAGAGAAAGCGGGAUGUCGUGAAGGAUUAGAAAAGAUCCCACCACUCAUAGAUCGAUAUUCUCUCCUCGAAAUCUCUGUUUCAGACCCGACCAGCACGAAUGAAAACCGGAGCAGUAAAGUGAAACAGCAGCUAAAGAAAACUAUACUUCAACUAUAUACCAAAAUCUUACUUUAUGAAGCUCGAGUAAUUGUCCAAUUUUCUGGAAAGUUUGUCAUUAGACAUCUUCGAGAUACCUUUAAACUUAACGACUGGAAGAACAUGUUCAAUGAGAUCAAUAAGCUCGACCUGCAAUGUGAAGUCUUGAUCCAUGCCAUUGAUCGUGAUCUACACCGGAAAGCGAUCGAAGAACAACGCACCCUACUAGAGAAGGUUUCGAAUGGACUCAACACCUCGCAGAAGAUCGAGGAUUACCAGGCUUGUUUUCAGUCAUUUCGGACAGGAAAUCUGUAUGAACUGCAAAAAAAUCAAAAUCCCUCUCGCAUUCCAGGAACGUGCAAAUGGGUGCUUGAACAUCCUACAUUUAUGGAUUGGAAGCAAGGAAAUGGGCCGGGCGUUCUCUGGAUUUCUGCAGACCCAGGCUAUGGCAAAAGUGUCCUUUCGAGAGCGCUCGUUGAUGAAAACCUUGUCGCAACAGAACAAACCACGGACGUAUGUUACUUCUUUUUCAAGGAUAUCUCGAAAGAGCAACGCAGCCUUACGAAAGCCCUUGCUGCCCUACUUCAUCAGAUAUUUUCAUCUCAAAAACACCUCCUGAAGUAUACAGAGCCUGGCUGGGCAAAAAACAAUAUUGAAAUCGCGAAUUCAGUGCAGGAAAUGUGGGCUAUCAUGGAGAACAUAGCUAUGGAUCCAAAUGCAAGAAAUGUAAUAUGUGUGCUGGAUGCUUUAGACGAGUGCGAGUCUUCCGAGCGAGAUUACUUUCUUGAACAACUACAAAAAUUGUAUAAGAGUAGUGUACAUGACAGAGUCACUCGGUCAUCUAGUUUCGGUCUCUCCACUGAGUCACUUAUAUCAAAUUUGACUGCCGAUUCAAAGACUUGGGCGAACCAUACUGACUUACCACCACUGAAGGUGAAGUUUCUCAUCACCAGUAGGCCUUACUAUGAGAUUGAAGAGCAAUUCAAAAAUCUCACAAAUACAUUUUCAGGAAUUCGCUUGGCGGGUGAGGAUACUACGGCAAUGAUAAAACAGGAAAUCAAUCUUGUCAUUGACGCUGAAGUGGAUAAGCUCAAACUUCCCCCGAAAACUAACACUUGGCUCCGCUCUCGACUAAAAGACACAGAACAUCGAACCUAUCUCUGGCUAUAUCUAAUCAUGGAUACGAUACGCCAUAGCGCAACAGCUUGUAGUCAGGAAAAGAUCUUUAGAAGAAUAUUAGACGCUGAAUUACCUUCUACAAUUGACGAGGCCUAUGAGGCGAUUCUGCUUAAGAGUCCAGAUAAGCAAGAAGCUACCAAAUUACUCCAUAUUGUGGUUGGGGCCGAGCGACCUUUAACACUAAGCGAGCUUAAUAUUGCCCUCAAUAUAGACAAGUGCUACGACGGAUCUCAAUCUUUCGAAAAUAUUGAGCUUGAAGACCCCGGAAUAUUCGCCAGCCAGAUUCGAAGACUCCGCGGUCUUUUUGUUUCCAUAUCCAACUCGAGAGUAUAUCUCAUUCACCAGACCGCAAAAGAGUUCCUCAGGUCGAAAGACUCAAGUCCUGCACCGACAGGCUGGAAACAUAGCUUGAGUCGACUAGAUUCUCAUUCAAUCUUAGCUGAGAUCUGUGUCUCUUAUCUCUAUCUGAAAAUGUUCUCAGAAAACAACACUAAACACCAGUGCUUUAUAAGAUCGCCCGAAGGCCAGCCACACAUCUCAAAUGAAGGUCGAUUCAUGUUUCUCAAAUAUGCAUCAGAUUAUUGGAUGAAGCAUUGGGACAUAUCUCCUUCUGAUAUCGAUAUGCCAACAAUCAUCGAAUUAUGCUCACCAUCAGUUCGGCGCUCAAUCUGGCUUCGGGCUUGUUUGGGAGGAAAACACCCCCCAAAACACCUCCAGGACAGCGCCUGUACAAUUUCGGAAUUAAUGAAACUAGACGAUUUUGAUAAAGUAAACGCCAUGUCAACGCUCAUGAUAACGUCAUGUCUUGGCCUUAUCAAUGUUUCUGAAGCUCUUUUGGCCAGCCCAUUGUCACAUUCUGAAGCGAAUGAAUUGUGGAAAAGAGAAACCGCAUUAUCUUUGGCAAUACACAAGAAAGAUUAUAAAAUGAUAAAUUUUCUCAAAUCCUCCGUUGCCAAUACAGGUAGCAAUAGUUCCGACGAGAAUGUUCGAAUCGCCUUGGAAGUCGCUCUCAAGCAAGAAAACUCUGGUCAUUUGACUGUCUUAUUGAACAACGAAGCUAAAACACAUGCUGCAUUAAUUAUGGCCCUGGAAGAUUAUAUUCUCCACUGGAGCUCUGAACUUUUCGACUUCAUAUUGAUGCACAAUGGACCACUUACGCCCUGUUUGAGGGUCCGACUUCUGAAAAUUGCAAUGUCAAACAAGAAUGUUGAAAAUGGUAUACGAGCUGUCAAAUUUGUGCUAGAAUGCCCUCACGAGCAGAGUGUUGAGGAAACAUUGCAAGAGCCCUUAUAUUUGGCACUGACGGGGCAUAUUCUUAAUGUCGGCAUUUGCUCAUUGAUCAUUAACGAUCCGGCAAUACAUGACAUUGACAACUGUUGGGAACUCAAUGAUCGUACUGGCAGUAGGCAUUCAAUAGUUCAUUAUAUUACUAGCCGCUGUUAUUCCCGCAGGCUUGAGUUCCGUCAGUACCCAAAUGAAGUAGCGCUCCUAAAAAUUCUAGGGGCUCGCGGUGCAUCCUUCGAUAGACAUUAUAACGGUUCGACAUUUUUGUACGCAGCUCGUUAUAGCCAAGUUGAUUAUUUUCGGGGUUUUAUCCAAGGGAAUCCUAAAUUAGCAACGUUCUAUAUCAAUGGAGAUGGACUUCAUGUGACGCCUAUGGAAUUCGCAGCCAGCAAUCGCAAUUUUGAUAUGAUCAGGUGUCUUUUAGAGCACGGUGCGAAUAUCAACCGAAGUUUCAGCUUCAGAUUGCCUUGCUUUGAAGAAGAUUAUUUUUCGGCUAUUUUGACUGCAAUUGAACAUGGAAAUGUUGACAGCAUGUCUGAAAUCAAGGUGAAAGGAGGAUUACUUGACACCCUGUCAAUUCAGCAAGUUCAGAAGCUCAUUGGUCAUGGUUUUGAUAUCAAUAUGAAAAUCAAGGGUCAAAAUCUUCUUUCAUAUGCGGCAUCUUGCGGGAAUGUCUAUCGAGUCCAAUGGCUAAUUGACCACGGAGCUGAUGUUGAUGGACGAUUUCAGAAUGAGCAAUCUGUUCUUUCAUCACCAUUAAUGGAAACGAUUUGGGGAUGCAAAAGUGCCACAGCCGCAUCGUUGAUUGUUAAGAUUCUUCUCAACAAAGGUGCAAACGUUGAUGGGCCUAGGUGUUACAAAGUACAUAAUGGUCCCAUCGUGGCAUCUUGUUCCCACCUUGCUAUUAUGAGGGAUAGUGUUGGCAUCCUGCAAACUUUACUUGAUCACAAUGCCGACGUGAACCUUCAUGGGGAUGACCAUGGAGUUCUUCUCAAAACAGCAGCUGUCAACGGGCAGGUGCAGAUUGUCAAACUUCUCGUAUCUCUUGGAGCAGAUAUUGACAUAGUAGGAAUAGGCCCCCCGAUCUUACAUGAAGCUAUAGUCAAUCGACAAAUAGAGGUCGUGGUCGCCUUGCUCGAUCUCGGUGCUUACAUAAACAUCGUUGACCAUAUCCAACGCACACCUUUACAACUUGCAAAGGAUAUGCAUUAUGCAGAAAUGGUAUCUUUGCUGCUGAGACGUGGAGCAUUAUAA